UCCGCCAUAUUUUUCUUACAGAGAGUCGCCCUUUUCUUUAGGGUAGUGUUAAUUUUUAGUGUAAUUUGUUAAAUAAUGUUUUUAUAAGUUAACAGUUAUUAUAUUUAAUAUCAGUGAUUAGUGAAAUAUCUGUGAAAUAUUUAAUUUAUUGUCUAAUAGUGACUGAUGUGGUAUAAUCUUAAUUUCCUGUUUCGGUACCCCAAUCUAUUCUAAACAGAAAAUGGCCGACGGUGUUGGUGCGGGUGUCUCCUUUGUUUAGACUGGAUUUUAGUGAAAAUAAGAAGCAAAAGGAAUAAUGCCUAGUGCCUCGUUUUCCUCUUCGCGUUCUUACGUCCGUAGAUCGCGAAGAAAAGGUGGACAUCGAAUACCGUUGCCUUCCAGAACACAGUCCAGUGAGCCAUGUGAAUCAGUGCCGUGUCCUAACAACGUGACAGGGAGCGCGAUGGCGGCUACAGCCUGUGCUGGUCCGAGCGGCAGCGGUGGUGGUGGGUCACCGCCUGUUCCAGCUGCAGCGGCCGCCACCACAGCUGGUCAUCACAGUCCUUACGACCUGCGCCGCAAGUCACCGCCAGCCUACCACGAGCCGGGCCCAUCGGGCAGCUGCUCCUUGCCAGCUAGAAAGAGGCCUAGGACAUCACUGUCCCAGGGCGUGGAUGUGUGCAAUGUCUCGCAGUACCUGCAGUACGAGCUGCCGGAUGAGGUGCUCCUCUGCAUCCUGUCUCACCUAACCGAGCGCGAUCUCUGCCGCGUCGCACAAGUCUGCAAGCGAUUCAACACAAUCGCGAACGAUACAGAGUUGUGGAAAAGUUUAUAUCAAUCGGUGUUCGAAUACGACACGCCGUUGAUGCAUCCCACGCCGUGCCAAUUCGAGUUUGUCGCUGCGGAUGAGUGCGAAGCUGACAACCCGUGGAAGGAGAGCUUCCGACAGCUCUACUAUGGCAUACACGUGCGCCCUAACUUUCGCCCUAAGAAGGAUUCUCGUAUCAAAUACUUUAAUACUAUUAGGGCGGCUCUCGAGUACGUGGAGGAGCGAGGCGGGAGCACGUCGGUGGCGAGCGCGACGAGCGCGUGUGCGUGCACGUGCUCGUGCGGCGCGGCGGCGUGCUCGUGCAGGCGCGCGCCCGCGCCCGCGCCCGCGCCCACCUCGGCGCCCGCGCUACUCUUCGUGCACGCCGGCCUCUACCAGGAGGAAUGUCUCGCCAUCGACACGGACGUGCAACUCAUUGGUUGUGCUGCAGGUAACGUUGCAGAGUCAGUUGUACUGGAACGUGAAGCAGAGUCGACGCUGACGUUCGCGGAAGGCGCGAACCGCGCGUAUGCUGGUCAUAUGACUCUCAAAUUCUCCCCGGACGCAACUAGUACGAUGCAACACCACAAGCACUAUUGUUUAGAAGUGUCCGACAAUUGCUCUCCCACCGUUGAUCAUUGUAUUAUACGUAGCGCUAGUGUCGUUGGCGCCGCGGUGUGUGUGAGCGGUGCGGGCGCGAACCCUGUGAUAAAGCACUGCGACAUCAGCGACUGCGAGAACGUGGGCUUGUAUGUGACGGACUAUGCGCAAGGUGCAUACCAGGACAACGAGAUCUCUCGCAACGCGCUCGCCGGCAUCUGGGUCAAGAACUUCGCCAACCCCAUCAUGCGUCGCAACCACAUACAUCAUGGCAGAGAUGUCGGUAUAUUCACGUUUGAGAAUGGAUUGGGCUACUUUGAAGCUAACGAUAUCCAUAAUAACAGAAUCGCUGGUUUUGAAGUCAAAGCUGGCGCUAAUCCCACCGUAGUACAUUGUGAAAUCCACCACGGGCAGACUGGUGGCAUAUACGUCCACGAGUCCGGUCUCGGCCAGUUUAUAGAUAAUAAGAUACAUUCGAACAAUUUCGCGGGCGUGUGGAUCACGUCCAACAGCAAUCCCACCAUCCGCCGCAAUGAGAUUUAUAAUGGCCAUCAAGGAGGCGUGUAUAUAUUUGGAGAGGGACGCGGAUUAAUUGAACACAAUAAUAUUUAUGGAAACGCAUUAGCUGGCAUACAGAUUCGCACAAACAGUGAUCCUAUAGUUAGGCACAAUAAGAUUCACCAUGGGCAGCACGGAGGCAUCUAUGUUCACGAAAAGGGUCAGGGUUUAAUCGAAGAAAAUGAAGUUUACGCUAACACGCUCGCCGGCGUCUGGAUCACGACCGGCUCCACGCCCGUGCUGCGACGCAACCGCAUACACUCGGGAAAACAGGUCGGCGUGUACUUCUACGACAAUGGUCACGGGAAAUUAGAAGAUAACGAUAUAUUCAAUCACUUGUAUUCGGGAGUUCAAAUAAGGACUGGCAGCAACCCCGUGAUCCGCGGCAACAAGAUUUGGGGUGGACAAAACGGCGGCGUCCUCGUGUACAACGGUGGAUUAGGAAUACUUGAGCAGAAUGAAAUCUUCGAUAAUGCCAUGGCCGGUGUGUGGAUAAAGACUGAUUCAAACCCCACACUCAAGAGAAACAAGAUUUUUGAUGGCCGAGAUGGGGGCAUAUGCAUUUUUAAUGGUGGCAAGGGUGUGUUGGAAGAAAACGACAUAUUCCGAAAUGCUCAAGCCGGGGUAUUAAUCUCAACACAGAGUCAUCCCGUACUGCGGCGUAACCGGAUCUUUGAUGGUUUGGCCGCGGGCGUGGAGAUCACCAACAAUGCCACAGCCACAUUAGAGCACAAUCAAAUAUUUAAUAAUAGGUUUGGAGGGCUAUGUUUAGCGUCAGGAGUGUCUCCGUUAGUGCGGGGAAACAAAAUCUUUAGUAAUCAAGAUGCAGUCGAGAAAGCGGUUGGAGGCGGACAGUGUCUCUACAAAAUUUCCUCAUAUACUUCUUUCCCCAUGCAUGAUUUUUAUAGAUGCCAGACUUGUAACACAACGGAUCGUAACGCCAUUUGCGUCAAUUGCAUUAAAACGUGCCACUCAGGACAUGAUGUGGAAUUUAUUCGCCAUGACAGAUUUUUCUGUGACUGCGGAGCAGGCACGCUAUCGAAUCAAUGCCAGCUGCAGGGCGAGCCGACGCAGGACACGGACACGCUGUACGACUCGGCCGCACCCAUGGAGUCGCACACGCUCAUGGUGAACUGAGCGCGCCGUCCGCCCGCGCGCGCAGCCCCGCGCGGACCGCCCGCCGCGACCUGCCUCCACUAGCCGACUAUUUUUAUUGACUUCGCAUCGUACAUUCACCUGAGUCGCUGUUUACCUCUUCGUCGUAUGUGACUUGUAAUCAAUCGGUUCAAUUAUGUAUUCUAUCGAUGUACUUUAUAGACGAAACGAUUUCGGAUACGCUAUUUGUAUAAGUAGAGGCGUUUUUUAUCAUCGGUACUUAAUAAUGUAUUUUGUCGUGUAGAAUCGUGCAUUCCCAAAUUGUAAUCACCCCAUGUUUCGUGUCACAUUUAUAUAUUUAGAGUAAUAUUAUUUGUUUUAUAAGAUAUACUAAUAGCCUUAUAUUGUAAUGUCUACGGUUAUAUAAUCAUGAGGAAGAUUGACAUUUUAUUUAUCGCAAGAAACUCGAUAUUUUGUUUAGUUACGUAACUGAUUCGAUCCAGCGACUGUGGCAGUCAGGUUAGCUAAUUGUAUUAUAAAUAGCCUUUUAAGUAUUUUUUAACUAUUUGACGAUACGAUUUCAUUUUUACAUGAGCAACUUAUUCUUUAGCUCUCCUGAUGUUUAGGGUUGAUUGUUCGUGUUUUAGUUAGUAAAGAUAUUCGUACCAAUUAAUUUCCUGUUAGUCGGGAGGAAGUCGAGACGUCCGCGUCAGUGGGAUUGCGUCGAGCCCGGCCGAGUGUCCCGGCGUCGUUUAUUAUCUCUCGAUUAGGAGUCCGCCUCGCCUAACUUUUUUUGGCGCUCCUGUCGCGCUUUGUAAAUAUUUAUGUCUCACAAUAAUCGAAAAUGUAGUAAUUAAUGUAUUUGUAUCAUUAUAUUUUUAUUAUUGAUCACAACAUGUAUGUUUAAUUAUUAUGAAUUACGUACGUUAUGCUCAGGAGAUCAUCGCGCUGUCGCUUGUAGUGCAGUCGCCUAUGAGUCAUAAUGUAGUUCCAGAGAUAUCAUAAGCCGAGUUUUCGGCUCGUUAGUGUAUAAUAAAAUGCAAAUUAAGAACGAAUGUGCGUAUUUAAUUGGAAAAGAUCUUAGGUACAAUUGAUAUUUUAUUAUAUUGUUAAUUUAAAUGUGGUAUUGAUAUCGAUCGACAAGCAAUGCUAGGAAACUGGACGCCGCACGUGAGCGGCCGGAGUGCUGAUAAUGAUAAGUUAGCCAAUAAGCUAUAAUGAAAAUCUAAAUUACUCUGUAAUCACUAUUGCAAGUUUCGAAUCGUUACAUCGUCUCCAUAGCACGGUAUGUUCUGAAUCUGCUUUUUUAUAAUCCUCAAUCUGUGAUCAUCGCUAAAUGUGUAAGAGAAAUAUUUUAGUUCACAACAUACAGAAAUUAUAAGACUUAUUGUAAAAUCAAAAUUAUUGUGGCGCCGACGCUUUAUGUAAUUAAAUUGAAUGUGAAAUUGUUAUUUAUUGAAUUGUCAGUAUGUUCUUAAUUUAUUGAGUUUAAAACUGGAUAAUAUUUUGUUUAUACCUGAAAAUACCACUGUAAAAGCCGUGAUAUACAUCAUAUAAUAUUAUACACCGGAAUUUUAUUUA